AUGGACAAUGUCCUCGUCCGGAGGCGAGAUCAGCGGGACGUGCUGGUGACGAAGGCGAUCGCGGGUGCUGACGGGUGGAUCGACCAUCGCCUCGUCAUCUCGAAGAUGCGUAUUCGCCUACAGCCUCGCAGGAGACCACAAGGUAAGCGACCCCCAGGUAAGCUGAAUGUUGCUUUGUUGUCUAUGCCCGCUCACCAUCUUCAUUUCAGCAUUGAGCUAGCUCAACGGCUAGGCAACCUUCCUAUCGCUGCCGACGACGCCGCCGCCGCCGCUGCCGAGAACGCCUCCGUGGAGAACCGCUGGUGUCAACUGUGUGACACAGUCCAGUCGACGGCGCUCGCUGUCCUCGGUCGCGCUCCCCGCCAACACCAGGACUGGUUCGACGACAACGACGCCGCCAUCAGAAAUCUGCUAGCUGAGAAGAACCGCCUACACAAAGCCUACGUAGAUCAUCCCUCUGAUGCCACCAAAGCUGCCUUCUACCGCAGUCGCCGCCAACUUCAGCAACGACUGCGCGAGAUGCAGGACGCCUGGACUGCUCGCAAAGCUGAGUAG